UCUAAUCAGGGACUGAGUUAGCCCUGGGACACCAUGUGGGUGGUUCCCCUCUAAUCAGGGACUGAGUUAGACCUGGGAUACCAUGUGGGUGGUUCCCCUCUAAUCAGGGACUGAGUUAGCCCUGGGACACCAUGUGGGUGGUUCCCCUUUAAUCAGGGACUGAGUUAGCCCUGGGACACCAUGUGGGUGGUUCCCCUCUGAUCAGGGACUGAGUUAGCCCUGGGACACCAUGUGGGCACAAUUCAUUAUUAUGUAGAACAGAAAACCAGCAGGCUCCUCGUAGGGUCAGAGUUGAAUACGUCUGCCCUAGAAUAUAAAUCAGGGUGCCGAACUCAAUUCCUGGAGGGCCGAGUGUCUGCUGCUUUUCACUCUUGCCUUGUACUUUACUGCUCUCCAGGAUUAGAGUUUUUGACAUCCUUGAUAUAGAUAAUCAACAUUUACAUUACACACUAUUAUAGGCCUACGUCUUUUUAUUCCAAGCCAUUUUAAAUGGAUUGUCAGAAAUCAAAAUGGCUUCCAUUUCUCCAAUCCUUUUACACAUAUAGGUCGUGUUCCCCUGCUCAGAUGUUGCAUGCAUCAACCAAUGGUUGCGGGCUAUGUCAUCGACUGUGCUCGGGUACCAGAUUGCUAUAAUGUGGUUAGCUGAUACACAUUGUAUUCUGUAGUGUUAAGAAUUCCCUUCAGUUCAACUAAAGGGCAUAGCUCAAACCAUGAAAAACAGCCCCAGACCAUUAUUCCUCCACCAAACUUUACAGUUGUCACUCUGCAUUCAGGCAGGUAGCGUUCUCCUGGCAUCCGGCAAACCCAGGUUUGACCUGAGAGAGUCCAUUGGCGGAGAGCUUUACACCACUCCAGCCGACGCUUGGCAUUGUGUACUCGGCUACACCUCUCCAGCCGACGCUUGGCAUUGUGUACUCGGCUACACCACUCCAGCCGACGCUUGGCAUUGUGUACUCGGCUACACCUCUCCAGCCGACGCUUGGCAUUGUGUACUCGGCUACACCUCUCCAGCCGACGCUUGGCAUUGUGUACUCGGCUACACCUCUCCAGACGACGCUUGGCAUUGUGUACUCGGCUACACCUCUCCAGCCGACGCUUGGCAUUGUGUACUCGGCCAUUGGAACUCAUGAAGCUCCCGACGAACAGUUAUUGUGCUGCCGAUGCUUCCAGGGACAGUUAUUGUGCUGCCGAUGUUUCCAGGGACAGUUAUUGUGCUGCCGAUGUUUCCAGGGACAGUUAUUGUGCUGCCGAUGCUUCCAGGGACAGUUAUUGUGCUGCCGAUGCUUCCAGGGACAGUUAUUGUGCUGACGAUGCUUCCAGGGACAGUUAUUGUGCUGACGAUGCUUCCAGGGACAGUUAUAGUGCUGACGAUGCUUCCAGGGACAGUUAUUGUGCUGACGAUGUUUCCAGGGACAGCUAUUGUGCUGACGAUGUUUCCAGGAACAGUUAUUGUGCUGACGAUGCUUCCAGGGACAGUUAUAGUGCUGAUGAUGCUUCCAGGGACAGUUAUAGUGCUGACGAUGCUUCCAGGGACAGUUAUUGUGCUGAUGAUGCUUCCAGGGACAGUUAUUGUGCUGAUGAUGCUUCCAGGGACAGUUAUUGUGCUGACGAUGCUUCCAGGGACCGUUAUUGUGCUGACGAUGCUUCCAGGGACAGCUUGGAACUCGUUAGUGUUGCAGCCGAGGACAGACAAUUUUCACUUCAACACUCAGGGGUCUCGUUCUGUGAGCUUGUGUGGCCUACCACUUAGUGGCUGAGUCGUUGUUGCUCCUAGACGUUUCCACUUCACAAUAACAGCACAUGCAGCUCUAGCAGAGCAGAAAUUUGAUGAACUGACUUGUUGGAAAAGAGGCAUCCUGUGUGGAAAGUCACUGGGCUCUUCGGUAAGGCCAUUCUACUGCCAAUGUUUCCUAUGGAGAUUGCAUGGCUGUGUGUUCAAUUGUAUACACCUGUCAGCAACCGGUGUGGCUGAAAUAGCCAAAUCCAAUAAUUUGGGUGUCCACAUACUUUUGUAUAGCGUACGUAAAAUACCUAUCCAUGCAUGGUAAGAUCUGUUAUGCGUCAGCAACGUCUGAGCCGAGGAACGCGACCAAACAGUAUGAAAAAAGAGUGGCGUGAGCAUGUCAAUCAAUGAGGUUAUUGAUUAGCUGAAAUGCUAGCACCUGGUUGCACUUGCCAGCUGGUAAUUAAAGAUGGCUGCCAAGUGAAGUAGCAAACUUCUCUGCUCAGGGAGAUCGGCCAACACAACACACACACACCUGAAUACCUGUUAAGCUCGUUACCGUUAACACAGAUGGCGUCUAGAUGUGGGCAGGGACGGGCAGCAGGGUCCCAGAGGAGACGACAGGAGAGCUCAGACCUCCAGGACACAUACCUCCUCCAUGGGGAGCCUAGCCCCCCUCUCAGUAACCUGUCUCUCCAUGCCUCCUGGUGGUCUGCCAGGGACGAGCACAGAGAGACAGGGCCCUCCCUUGGCAGGGACGAGCACAGAGAGACAGGGCCCUCCCUUUGGGAGCAACUAGUUGAGAGAAAUCAGCACGUUGCCAGACUACAGGAUGCACUGAGACGCGAGAGAGAGAAGGGUUCCAGCCUGCAGUGUCGGUGUAAUCAGCAGGGGUCAGAGUUGAGGCGUAGAGAGCAGCACAGCGCCAGACUUAAGGAGAGACUAACCCAACUUGCAGAGAGACACAGAGAGAGAGGCGCCUCCAUGGAACUGUUGAACCCGGUGCCCAGAGGUCAGGUGAAGAGGGACAGACCAGCCAGGACCAACAGAAGGAAGGAGGAGGCAGCGCUACGUGUGAUGCUGGAGCGGCGAGAGGCGGAGUUGAGGGAGGCCAUGAAGCUCCGACACAAACUCACCACGCUACUGCACGCGCUCAGAGCAGACAUGGAACGGACCCUAUUGGACACUGUGGGUGACCAGGAAGAGGACCCAGACAGCGCCAAGAUGCUGGUCCAGUCAGAGGAGUCCCUGGGUGAACAUGUGACAGGGGGUGUGUUCCAGGGAUGGAAGUGUGUGCAGAGGAGACUAGGGGACCUCCUGAGUCAGGGUCACGUGGCUGUGGGGACUGACCAGGAUAAGCUCUUGGCCCAGCUAGAGACAGAGUUGGAUCAGAGUCAACAGUUGGUCAAACUGCAGCAGCAUCUACUACAGGACAGUGUGAUCACUCCGGUCCCGGCCGCUCUGACAGACUGCUACUUCCUGGAAGAGUGGGAGCGGCUUCAGGACAGCUGGGCGGAGCUAGAACACCAGAAGCGGAGCUUCCAUAGGGAGAGACGGGCCUUCACCGACGCCGCCAUCCGAUUGGGCCACGAGAGACGUGAGUUUGAGCAGCAGAGGGCCUGUGUGGUGAAGCAGCAGUAUCUGUUUGACUCUCCGUUGGGGAGGACGUUGCAGCGUCACAACAGGAGAGAGAGCACCGUCCUCAAUCUCUCAGAUUCUGAUCACAUGAUCUUGUCCGGCUGUCGGCCGGCCACGCCCUCCUCUGCCGAGUCUGGGAUCAUACCCUGGUUAGAGUCAUCGGGGUCUCUGCAGGUUCAUGGCAAGGUCAAAGUUCACACGCCCAGCACCCCAGAGCUCUACUCUGCCCUCCAACUGCCCUACAGCUGCAGGUCCAGUGAGAGUGAUGUCCAGUCAGAGUGCUGGGAUGUGGGGGCAGAGAGGCUCCAGUUCGCCCCCCCUGGUCCUCACCUGGACGGGUCAUUUCAGUAGUAUUGCUGUUUUAUAUGUCGUUUCCAUUGUCUGUUUCAGUUGUAUGUUGUUCCUUUUGUCGUUUCUAUUGUGUUUUAUCAAAUCGUUUUUCAAUGUGAUUAAUAAAGAUUAUUUGUUUGA